CUCCACGAUGUCAAGGGCAGACACAUGCAAUUUAGACGGACACUUCAGAUAUCACAUGAAGUGACACACGCGUCUGCUCCCCAGGGGCUAGCGUGCUAAACACAAGAGCAGUUUUGGGCUAGGCCCUAUGUCCUCAUCAGAUCUUGACGCGACGAAAGGGUAUAAGUAAAGAGCAUCACCCCGUCGCACUGGUGUUCCCGUAGUUUCAGCCCCUUCGCGUCUAUUGUUUGCAAGCGCUAUCAAGCUCCCCACUUAAAAAAACCUUGAAUUUAUAUCCAGAUACCCCAGACCCGUUCUUUUAACACUGACAAAGAGCCAAAUCCAAUUUACCCAUGCCCGUAAAUCCUUUGGCUGUUGCGAAAGCAGCUGUGCCGCUUCUUGCCUUGCAAAAAAGGCUGGUUGACCCACUCGAUACCACCUGUGGCCUCGUAGCUUUGGUUGAAGAUAUUGGCGAGAACUUUGCCGAAUAUCUUCCUUACCUCAGCGAGUUUCCAACUGACUUAAUAGGAUUGGUAGACGAUUCCGCCGAUGUAAUCGCGAGUGAAGUCGCUACUCUCCUUGACUUAGGAGACUUAGAAUCUGUUGUCACCAAUCUUCCUUUCUAUCCUACCAGGUUGUCCUCUGUCUUAGCGAAUGCUGCUGCCGCUUGUGAAACCGUCACCUCUUCCGCUACUAGCCCUACUGUGUCUUCCGCGGUCCCUGUUUUAACUUCUUCGGCUAAUGCUGCUCCAACCGCUGGCGGUGAUCCAGAUGCCAACCCGUGCUACAUCGUUGCGUUAGUGAACGAUGUGAAGGCUAACCUUGAUGCGUACCUUCCAUACGAAGCGCAGAUUCCAUCGGCGUUGUUGAAUUUGGCAUUGGCUGCUGAGACUUACACUGAUGACUCGUACACCACGUUGAU